UUCCUUCCCGCGCACGUCGCACUAGGUGGAAGUUGGUCAUGGUCGUCCGACAAACGGAAAGCCGCCAUGAUGGCUUUCUGUAAAGUACGCUCAAUAUGUAAAGUUUCGAUAUUGUUUUUCAUUAAUUGUGACUGAGUGCGUGCAAAAAAUAAUCAUGGGAACGAACUAGAGUGUGCAAAGUGUAGUUCACGGUCCUUUAGGGCCUCCUAGAGAAGCUGUAAAGUGUGUUUUAGUGCAUUUUUGUGUCGACGCUAACGUGUUUUGUUCUGUCAACAAAAUGUCGAAGCUCUCGUUUAGGGCGAGGGCCCUGGAUGCGUCGAAACCCAUGCCCAUAUAUCUCGCUGAGGAGCUCCCGGAUUUACCGGACUACUCAGCGAUUAAUCGUGCAGUACCUCAGAUGCCCUCUGGAAUGGAAAAAGAGGAAGAAAGUGAGCACCACCUCCAGAGGGCGAUAUCAGGCACGGGGCUCAUUAUACCGACGCCGGAGGUAUGUCAGGUCACCGACGUCGACUUCUACGAAAGAUGCUACCCGCCCGACUACAAAAUGCCCAAACAGCACAUACAUAUGCAACCGCUGUGGGAGGAGCAGGAGACACCGGAGUAUGACAUCGACACGGAGGAUGAGAAGUGGCUCAAACAACAGAGGCAUCCAGAGCUGACAGAGCUGAAAUUCGAGCAGAUGAUGGACAAGCUGGAGCGCAGCUCGGGGCAGACGGUGGUGACGCUGAGCGAGGCCAAGCUGCUGCUGGAGCGGCACGACGACCUCGUCACCGCCGUCUACGACUACUGGCUCAACAAGCGCCUCACCACACAACAUCCGCUGGUGUUGUCUGUGAAGACAGAGAACAAGCCGGGUCAGUCCACCAACAACCCCUAUCUGGCUUUCAGAAGACGGACAGAGAAGAUGCAGACGCGCAAAAACAGGAAAAACGACGAGAGCUCGUACGAGAAGAUGCUGAAGCUCCGUCGCGAGCUGGCGCGGGCGCUCACGCUGCUAGAACUCGUGACGCGUCGCGAGCGGGCCAAGCGCGACCUGGUGCGGCUCACCGCGCUGCUCGCCGAGCGCCGCUACGCCGCCAGGGACUUCGCCGCGCAGCUCCAGCCCGACAUACCGCCCAGGCCACAGUACACCAUACCGCUGUCCACGGCUAACUUCCGUCGCGACUACACCACUAUACACUAUACGCCGCGCGCGCCAUCCACGCCCAUCGAUCAGCCCAGACAGCGCGAGAAGCGUCCGUACAAGAGACGGAAACACAGGCACCACGCGGCCGGCGCCGUCCCGCGAGGUGAGUGCCCCGCCGCCGCGCCGCCGCCAGAUUCUGGAGUGUGUACAUCAUCAGAAGAGGAAUCUGCCCCACCUGACGAUGGACCAUUCGCUUUCCGGAGAAAACCAGGAUGCUUCUAUGAGAUGCCAACCUCGACUCUAUAUGGUGAUCCAAUGGACUCUGAUAACCCACAAAAAGAUGGACUCUUUGAACAUGAACUGGAUGAGAGGACCAGGUUUACGCUGACUUCCAUCCGACAUCCGUACACGAGGUGUGUAGGGUUCGCGCGAAGAAGACUGGGGCGCGGCGGUAGGGUGAUCCUGGACCGCAUCGCCACGCCCCUAGACCACCUGUGGACGACGCUGCCGUUCAGGCAUCCUAAUAGCUUAGAGGAUAAGGCACUUAGAAAUGAAGAGGUCGAAUUGGAAACAAAGCCACAUCGAACUCCCAAGGUGAUGACGAGGGAUUACCACACGAGUGGCAAACAUCCAUGGAGACACGCCUUCCGAAGACAUCUCGCCAGGAACCCUGAACUAUGGACAGUGCCCGUCAGCGAAGAGGAUAAACCCAACUUCGGGGAUUUUAAACUCGACCUGGACGACAUUAAAAUGGACCUCGACGACGUCAAAUUGGACUUCCAGGUUAAGUUGGACGUGGACGAAAAAAUAGACAUUGAUGAUGUGAAAGUGGAACCCAUGGAGGUUGAUAAAGUGUUACCGGACUUACCUCAAGAUAGUGAUAUUAGUGUUAGUGUAAAUCCAAGGACUAUAGAUGAAAGUGUGAGAGAGAACUUGCAGAGGGUGAUCAGAAAGAGAUCGUGGAGUGGGUGUAGUGAUAGCAGUUACAAUUCCGACGACAGUUUGCAGCCUGUGGAGCAAGAAUUUGAAAAGUUUUUCAGUGAAGUCAGUACGAAAUGGUUACACUUCCGACCGAAAACACCGCCCCCGUCCCCACCGCAUAAAGAAGCUCCUCAGGAUGAUCAGUUUCCCAUAGCCCAGGACACGCCCAUCUCGGUCGAGCUCACCUCGGGCUUGCCCAGCGGCGUUCUCGACACCUUCACCACCUCAGAGUUCACGCUCAACGAUCUGUACGACGUCAGCCCGGAUAUGGACAACAGCGGCAGCCUCGACAUCAGCGGGGAAGAUCUCCUCACGGAGAACUUCACGGGGUUGACCGAAGCGCAGGUCGAGAGCAUCCUGUCCGAGACGGAUCUGAAGGCUCUGGCCGACGUCGACCUCACUAAAGACGACAAGAAAGGAAUCGGCGACGACUUGCUCGAGGAGCUCGUGAAGGACGUGGACGGAAAAGAUUCUUUUUUAUUGCAAGGCCAGAGCUCGGAAGGGCGUGCCAGCUCUGGCCAAAAGAGGAAGCGGACGGACGGUUUCGGUUCUACCGUCGUGCAUGUAUCCGGAUUGGAUAAGGAGCCCAUUUAUGUGGAGAAGGUGAGACCGCCGUCGCCUAAGAAGAUAGAAACGCCCAAGGAAGUUAAGGAGACGAAGCCGUCGAUCAAGACGCCGGCGCAAGUCGCGGCGGCGGAGGUGGCAAGCGAGAGCGGGCGGGCGCGCGUCCCGCCUAAGCCGAGCCCGCCCAAGAGCGUGACGACCAAGGCGUCGCCCGUGAAGCGUCACCUCGUGAGUGCCCGCCCCGCCGCGCCGCCCGCCCCCGCCGACCACACCAUACGAGCAGUCGCCGUCUCUGAUGGCCUCAAGGUUCGACUGCAGAGCCAGAGCGCAAGCGUGGGCGGGGCGAUGACGUCGGUGGGGUCCGUGAGCGGCGUGGGCCAGGUGGGCGUGAGCGCCGGCGGCACCGUUGUCGGCCUGCUGCAGAACGGACCCUUCACCGCCGUCGCGAUACCGCACUCGCAUAUCGCUUCUGCGAGCGUGACGAACGUUGCGAGCGUGGGCAGCGUGGUGAGCGCGGGCGGGGCGAGUGGGGCGAGCGGGGCGAGCGGCGCGGGCGGUGCGGGCGCGCGGCGGGUGUCGGCGCCGCUCGUGCAGCUCGCGUCGGGCUCGCUGCACAAGCCCCUGCAGCUGCAGCAGCCCGUCGUAGUCAACUCGCAGGUGCACCACGUGGCGCCCAGCAAGCUCAAGGUGCUGCAUGCGCAUCCGCUCACGCACUCGCAGCGCGCGCAGCUGCUGGCGCAGAACCGCUCCCUCGCGCAGCUGCCCACCGUCGUGUCGCUGGCCACGCUCGGCGACUCCAAGCCCCCCGGCGCUGCGCUGCUCAAGGCGACGCCGGGCUCCGUGGCGCAAUUCUUCGAGAUCAAGGGCGGCCAGCUCGGCAAGGGGCCGCAUCUCGUCAACGUGCUGCGCCAGCCGCAGCCGGGGAAGGCAUCCGUCGCGCGCCUCGACCUCGCCGACGCGCGGAAACGCCAGCAGCAGACGGUCGUGCUGGACGGCACGCUCAAGGGUCCGCGGCCGCAGCGCGUCAGCGUCAGCCUGGACGGCCGGCCGCUAGUGCGCGCGGCGGUGCCGGUCCGCCAUCACAUCCAGCUGAAGAAUAGAAUCCAAGUCGGGGCCCUGGCGCGGACCGCCGAGCCCUCUACGAGCGUCGCCGUCCCGCCCAAGACCACGACCAUCCCCGGCUCCGUGGUGGCGAACCUGCUGCAGAAGAACGUGCAGCUGCCCAAGGGGCAGAAGAUCGCCAUCUCGGGGCCGGGCGGCCAGCCGCUGUCCGCCAACGUCCAGGCCAUCGCCUUCACCACGGCGCAGCUGAAGGCGCGGCAGAGCCGCCUCAUAGCGCAACCGCGCCCCACGCCCGUCGCCGAGAUAGUAGAGGCGACGACGACCCCGGCGCCGACGUCAUCGACGGGCGAGGCGUCGCUCGGCGACGGCGAGGCGGCGGCCAACGGUGGCGUGCGGCGGCGCCCCGCAGACACGCUGCCCAUGGAGGUCACGUGA